UAUUGUACAUAAUCAUUAUUUAUUGUACCUGAAAAGCAAUUGUUAUACGUGUUGAAUUUAACUCUUAAAAGUCUCAUUAGCUCUCAUUGAUCAAGUGUCCCUAAUGUGCUGUCUGGGGAAAAAGCCUGCGUUUCCACAUACUUUACAAUGGGGGGCGCUGUUGGCUCAUUUGUUAGUGCGGUUGCCAAGUUACCUAGUUAGAGAGGCGCUUACUCGCCUGCAUUUGUUUUUUUCCGCUUUUUAAGUGAAAUUCUCCGAGGGGAAAUGUCCGAAACGGAGUCCGAGUGCAAAAGUCCGAAGGCUAAGGGUGUUUUCUCUACCUUAAUGGCGGAUGGAGACUGGUUGCUGCUCAAGGGGGAGUAUGAGAAAGCAGUGGAGAGAUUCAGUACGGCUCUGACACUAAAACCCGAGGACAAAUACUGCUUCGUGGGCCGCUCCAAGUGCUACCUAAUGAUGGGUCAGUAUGAAAAAGCCCUGGGGGACGCCGAAGCUUCACUUCAAGAAGACCAUUCCUUUUUUGAGGGGUUGUACCAGAAGGCCGAGGCUUUGUACUGCUUGGGGGAAUUUGAAUUUGCGCUAGUGUUUUACCACCAAGGGCUGAAGCUGCGCCCACAAGUCCAUGAGUUCAAGGUGGGCAUCCAGAAAGCUCAGGAGGCCAUUGAGAACGCCGUCACCGUCCCUGCCGCCAUCAAACAGAAGCUUAAAGCAGAACUCCAGCAAAAAGAUGCAGAGAUGGCAAAAGCCAAGAAACCACACGCCUCCAAGUCAGAAAAGAAGAGCAAGAAAUACCUGGGGGAGUUUUACGAGGACAGGAGAUAUCUGGAGAACCUGUUAAAGGAUGAAGACUUGGGGAAAGGGAAGACGAGGAACGGUGAGCAACUGCAUGAUGUCAUCCAGGGUUGCCUCACAUACUUGGACGGCUGCGCUGACUUCUGGAACCAGCAGAAGCCCCCGCGCCAUCCACCCAAAGACCCUCAAAGACAACGAAGCAAGUGGGGCAAAAUGCCCAUCCAUCCCUCCUCAAAACCUGCAAACUUUACAGUAAAGAGCAUGUAGGACAAUAACGCUUAUGAUUUGAUUCGAUUUUUAUUCAUCUCAAACAAGCACAAUAUUAAAAAUAGUGUAAA